AAACUCAGAUACGCACACUCCAACCAUCCAAGCAAAAGCAGGGAGAAAGGAGAGCGAAAAAACAGACUGGAAUAGGGAGAGUUCUUUCGGUAACUUUUGGGUUGUUAUGCUUUUGUUAUUUUGGCAAAGAUAAAAGAUGACAUACAGUGUAUUAUUCCGAAUGAAUCACUUUUACAUGCGGGGUGACUAAACGUGCUGUUUUUGAAGAAAAGGAAGAAAAACCGUUUACACUGGCGUUUUCUCCGCACAUUUUCGCUGUAUGAGGCACAUCAGCCUAACCAUCAAAUUUGGAAAUAAACCUCUGAAUGUUGGACAACUUCUUUCAGACUUCGGGCGAAAAAAGGAAUAGUCCAACCCAGUCCCUGUGCUUUGAUUCAAAUUGGAUCGGUUUGUCACCGUGAAUGCUCCCUUCUCCUUGCGCACAGCAUUGAAGGAUGCCAGGAUGCCCUCUCUGAUAAUUUCCCAUCUGCUCGUCAUCUGGCUGAGUGUCCAGAGGCUGGUCUGGUGCGCCGAGCGCGCAUCUACUCGGGAGCGCUUCAAAGUGGUGAUCGCCCCUCUGAUUUGCAAAAGGAUUUGUUUGAAAAGCGGCCAGUGCCAGGACACAUGUGAACAGGGCAACAAUACCACGCUCAUAGGCGAGAAUGGACAGUCAGCGGAUACUCUUACAGGGCACGGCUUCAAAGUGGUGGUGUGCCGUCAGAUCUGUAUGAACGGAGGGGUGUGCAGCGAGCGGACGCACUGCCUGUGCCCGCCUGGCUUCACAGGACGCAUGUGCCAGUUCCCACUGCGUCAGACCCAUGAGGCGCAGGCAGCGCGGGGCAACCAACAGCCUGUGUACCCCAUCUUUGACGGCCUGGGCCAGGGAGAGCAGUCGGCCAUGGGUCGCUCCCAGCUCACGCAGACCCACUCGGUGUUCACCCUGCCCCUGACUCAGGGAACCGGCCACCACUCCUCAGAAGUGCAGGUGAAAGUGCGUGUCCACCACACACCUGACACGUCCGUUGUCAUCCAUCCUCUGGACCAGGCAGAUGUCAAGCCACCUUACAAAACCGUGAUGCGUCUGACCCCCCCUACCCUCAAACCCAGGGGGCGUUGCUUUCAGGAGACCACACCCAAGCAAGCUUGUAGCAGUAACCCCCUCCCAGUGCCGAUCAAUCAGGAGGAUUGCUGUGGCAGUGUUGGAAACUCCUGGGGACAGAACAAAUGCUAUCAGUGUCCCAAGCUGCAAUACCUGGAGGGAGUUAAACUUCAACAAAUCAUGGAGGACCACGGCUCCCCCUGCCCUCGCGGGUACAAGAGACUCAACGGCUCUCACUGCCAAGACAUCAACGAGUGCAGUCUGCAGGUGCAGUGUCAGAACGGCCAGUGUCUGAACACGCUGGGCAGCUUUGUGUGUGACUGCAAGCCUGGCUUCGUCCUGGACAGGACCAGAUGUGUGGAGUCUCCAUCAGAGCAGGGUCAGUGUUUCCGCAUGGUGUCGGAUGCGGGCCGCUGUGAGCACGCCUUCCCCACCCUGCUGACCCAGGAGAUGUGCUGCUGCACCGUGGGCAAGGCCUGGGGCAGCAACUGUGACAGAUGCCCUCAGGAUGGCACAGCUUCCUUCAGCAAGAUCUGUCCUGCAGGGAAAGGCUACCUGCUCCAGAGCGUGAGAGAGACAGUGGCCUUCCCCCCCCAGAUCCACACCCCCCUGGAGCACAAGCCUGACAGGGGUGGGGAGCAGCGGAGGGAGGAGAUCCUUCCGGAGGUUGCUACAACCACACAGCCUGCUCCAAUCAGCACGCAUGGUCCUCGUGUGCCUGUGAUCGUGGCUAAGCCCACCUCACCGCCCAUUAUCAGGGUGAACCCAGACAGAGACCCCCUUGAGGUGGCUCACACACAGGUCUCACCGGUGACAGACGAGUGCAAGCUGAACAGAAACAUCUGUGGCCAUGGCGACUGUGUCAACGGACAGAGCGGCUACAACUGCCACUGCUACGCCGGCUACAGGCUCCACCCCCAGAGGAACAGCUGUGUGGACGCCGACGAGUGCGACGGCGAGCCCUGCGGCCACGGCAGGGGCAUCUGCAUCAACACCGAGGGCUCCUACCGAUGUCGCUGUCACCAUGGCUACAAGCUCCUGGUGCAUCGCGGGAGACUCAGAUGUGAAGAUGUGAACGAGUGCACUAAGCAGGAUGUCUGUGGGGCUGGCGGACAGUGCGUCAACAUGCCGGGCUCCUACAAGUGUGAAUGCCACAAAGGGUUCAGAAGCAGGGCUCACCGCCCUCCGGCAUGUGAAGAUAUUAACGAGUGCUUGGAUCCCAGCUCGUGUCCCAGUGAGCUGUGUGAGAACACACCAGGCUCCUACGAGUGUGUACCCUGCCUGCCAGGACACCAGGCCCAAGGGGGCCUCUGCUAUGAUGUCAACGAGUGCCAGAAACGAGGUGUGUGUCCCAACGGGCGCUGUGAGAACCUCCCUGGUACCUACCGCUGUCUGUGCAGCGAGGGCUUCCUCCCCAGUGACGACAGUAAAGCCUGCCGGGACAUUGACGAGUGCAAGGACGACAGGCUCUGUGCCAAUGGGCGCUGUGUCAACACGGACGGCUCCUUCCAGUGCCAGUGCUACCCGGGAUACCAGCCCACACAGGAGGGCAGCCACUGUGAAGAUAUCAAUGAGUGCGAGAGGCCCUCCAACUGCCAGAGAGGGCGCUGUGUCAACAACAUGGGCUCCUACCGCUGUGAAUGCCAGAAGGGCUUUAUGCUGGUUGGAGGAAGGAGGUGCCAAGACAUAGACGAGUGUGCGUCCGACAGGAGUCUGUGUCAGCCGCACGGGACCUGCGAGAACAAGGCGGGCUCCUUCGUGUGCGUGUGCAACGAGGGCUUCCUGCUGUCUGAGGACAAGCACAGCUGCGAGGCGAUCGCCAUGGAGCUGGAGGAUAAGAAGGAGUGCUAUCUCAACCUGGAUGACACGGUGUUCUGUGACAGUGUCCUGGCCACCAACGUCACCAAGCAGGAGUGCUGCUGCUCCAUUGGGGUGGGCUGGGGAGACCACUGCGAGAUCUAUCCUUGUCCCGUCCACCACUCGGCUGAGUACCACUCCCUGUGUCCGGUGGGCCGAGGCUUCUACCACGAGGAGGGGACGAUCGAGUACGGCCUCUCCCUCCACCGAGAUAUCGAUGAGUGCGUGCUCUUCUCCAACGAGAUCUGCAAGGAGGGCCGCUGCAUGAACACCCAACCGGGAUACGAGUGCUACUGCCAGCAAGGCUUCUACUACGACAGCAACCUGCUGGAGUGCAUUGAUGUGAAUGAAUGUCACGAUGAGUCCCUCUGCGCUAAUGGAGAGUGUUCCAACACCCGAGGCUCCUUCUACUGCACCUGCAACGCCCCCUGGACCCCCGACUCCACCAACAAGAAAUGUGUGACGGCCACAGUAGCAGGCGUGGAUGAGUGCCAGAAUGCAGCCAACUGUAAGAACGGCCACUGUGUGGACACUCCCGGAUCUUACUACUGCAUCUGCUCUCCUCCCUGGAUCCUGGCCACCGACCGCAACAGCUGCGUGACCCCCGAGGAGCAGGGGGAUGUGAAUGAGUGCCAGGACCCCUCGUACUGUAAGAAUGGAAGGUGUGUCAACACACCCGGCUCCUUUCACUGUAUUUGCACCCAGCCCCUCACCUUCAGCGCAGCGCUCAAACAGUGCGUCUAUGACGACCGCACUGCGGCCCACAAGGACGUGUGCUUCCUGCAGGUGGAUGAGGACCAGAUCUGCAGCGUGCCCAGGAAGGGCCUGGGGGUCACCUACUCCGAGUGCUGCUGUCACUACGGCCGUGGCUGGGGACCGGAGUGCAGGACCUGUCCCCAGAGAAACUCAGUGAUAUUUAACCGUCUGUGUGAGCUGCACCUAGAGACAGAUUCUGAGGGUGAAGUCGACUUUCUGGCAGCUUUUGCCAACUACAAUCCAGAAGGGGACAGUUCGGAGGAAGACUCUGAGGAGUGCAGUUGUGCCAACGGGCGCUGCGUGCGGUCCUAUCUGGGCACCAUGUGUGAGUGCAACACCGGCUUCAGGAUGGAUCACUCCCGCACCCGCUGCACAGAUAUUGAUGAGUGCGCUGAACCUGGGGUUCGCGUUAAUCCAUGCAAGAAUGCUCGUUGUGUCAACACCAUAGGGUCAUUCAAGUGCUACUGCAAACAUGGCUUUGUGCCUGCACGAAGGCCCAACAUAUGCGUCCGUCCGAGGGGUCUAUAACAUUUCUGUCAAACACACUUUUGCACACACACACAAACACACACACAAACACACACAAAGAUAGACAGACACACAUACUUAGCGCAGAUAGACACACUAUCUGUCCUCGGAGUGUUUAAUGAAGGGUCAUUUCCUUCCGGUGACUAAUUUGCAAAGUCUAAAUAGAAAUGUCUGCUCCUCUUCAACCAAGGAUCUUAAAUGUUUGGGUCUUCUACUGCCCUCUGUGUUGAUAUUCUACAAUGCUUUGGGAAAAUAAUUAAACACCGACAAAGAUAUAGGUUUGUUUUUUCGAUGUAUUUUUGUAAUUAUUAUUUUUCUAAAAACUGUUUUUGACCAUUGACUGUUAUACUUGUCCUAUGUUUAAUUCUUAAGUUGUUCACUUGUUGCAUUGAUCUUGUAGUCUGAAUCUCGAGUCUUCCUGCAGUUUAAUGAGGGCGUUCCUCUUCAGUCCAACCCGUAUGACCAUGAUCAGUAAAUGUCAGAAUAAAAAAAUCUAAGACAUCAUCCAUGUAGGGUAUGUACUGCACUCACAACCCAGUGCUCCUCUAUGAUAUAAAUGUUGUACAGAACAGUAUGUGAAGACAUACCUGCAGUAGCUAAUGGAUUUGUGCCUAUCUUGUCCCUGCAAACCAUAGUUGCAAAGGACACAGAGAAACAUGUUUAUGGGAAAGCCUUUCAAAAGUGUCUUGAACAAUUCUGACAUGCACAUGAGUGCACUUUAAGUGAGAUUAAAAAGAAAAGGAGCUGACCUUACAAGGCAACCUAGAUGGAAUCUUCGGGUGAAGGACGGUGGAGUGUUCCACAAAUAAAGGAAGUGACAUGAUAAGUGA